CGUGCCCGACUCAAGUUGAACUUCCGUAAGCCAAUGCCAGAGAGAGAAUAUAGGAUCCCAUACUCCCAAAAAUUGUUCCUCCAAAUCCAACGUAUUCUCCACAUCAACGCAUUCUCGUGCAGAAUGGCUCCUCGGCCCGACCUUCUCCUCUUCCUCGCGGCUGCUCUCCUCUUUUCCUCGUGCCACGCGACGCGCCCUGGAGCGGCAGUCGCGGACACCCAGCUUGCGGCCCAACGAAGGGCGCUCGCGAGCGUCAGCGGAUGGCUUCAAGAACGUUUCUCCAAGGGACUUGGAUAUCCCUAUGCUGGUUUGGCGGCGUCCAUCGACGGCAUGGAUCUGAGCGGCGACCCGACGACUGCUGGAGUCAUCACUUUCGGGAUUCUCAAGAUCAGAAACGACUACCACAUUCGCUAUGCUGUUGCCGUCCGCGUGCCUACCCCUGGUUUCCCGACUGCGCUCACCGUAAACAGCGGAUUCGCUGGGGAAACAGGUGACGUGGCGCUGGACUUUGGAUCCGAUGCCACGUGGAAGAAUCUGACGGAGCAGGGAGCAGUGGUGCUCAAUCUUGCCCUCCAAUCUCAGGGAUUUCCACCGAUGGAUCCCGGUGCCAUCGGUUUCAUAUACGCAUUUACAGGAAUUUGGUACAAUGCGGGUGCCAGGACUGCUGCUAACGGGGAUACAUACCAGCAGGUGGUGGAUGGCAUGCUGGGCGCCCCUGAUGGUUACUACGGGCUCAUGUCAACAGCUGAUUAUUCGGAUGGUGCUGCGCGUGGGCAGUUUGUUUCUCAGAAGGUGACUCUGGCGAACAAGAUGGCAAAUUUCUUGAAGAGGAGGAUUCAGAGGCUCAGGCGCUCACAUAGGAAGUAAAGGAGGUGCUGGAAUCAUGAGGAUAGUGGAUGUGUUUUGAGGCUAUACCUUGUAGCCUAAUAGAGGUUCAUGAAAGAAUGAUCUAUAAUAAUUUUGUUCCUCAUCAAGUUCUUGUACAAGACUUUACAAUAAAAGAGCUGAUCCAUUAUUCUCAAUCCUCAACUGGGACUUAGUCUCUGGAAAGAUCCUAAGGGCUUUUCUCAGCCCAACAUGGUAUGAGAGCUGGUCAGAGACCAAACUCCCAGCAACUACGCUCCUUCAACAACCUGCAACUCAACUCAAUUUAACGACUUCAUUGAUUACAAGACAUGGACAGCAAGGGCAAGAAAGUCUCUACGGGCUCACCCAGCGGCCAAGAAACUCAACACGGCAACUCUGGUCUGCACACCUCAGGACUGCAGACAGAGACCGGGACUGCUCAAGAAACAACGGGAACAGGCCUCAAAAUUGGUUUUAGGCCACUCUUAGGAAUCAGAGUGCCAAAAAAAAAUUACCCUGCCG